AUGUCCACAUUCUUCGAUGAAAUGAAAAAGUCCUUUGCGGACGUCCCUAUCUCCGACUCCAAGAUCGACACUGCCGCGUUCUUGGAAGCCUCCGAGUCCCUCGUCAAGCUCUUCGACUUGUUGGGAUCGUCUGCUUUCGCAGUUGUCCAAAAGGACAUGACUGGCAACAUCAACAAGAUCCGUACCAAGUUGUUGGCAGACCCAAGUGGCGCAGGCACCUUGCAAGACUUGAUCUUGUCUGAGGCUGGAGGCAAGACCAAGACUGCCACGCAAGGAUUGUUGUGGUUGUCGAGAGGCUUGCAAUUCACAGCACAAGCCAUGAGAGAAACCGUGAACCGUCCGGCAGAUGAGCUCACCAAGACGUUCACUGACGCCUAUGGCAAGACCUUGAGCCAGUUCCACGGGAUGUUGGUCAAGCCUAUCUUCAAGUUGGCCAUGAAGGCUUGUCCAUACAGAAAGGACUUCUUCGAGAAGUUGGGAGCCGACCAAGCCAAGGUUGCUGAGCAAUUGGAGGCAUGGUUGAAGGCAUUGGAGAACGUGGUCAAGACCAUCAUGGACUUUUUCACUUCAGGCAACUACGGCAAGGGGUUGUAA